GAGGAGGAGGAGGAUGGAGAGGCCGGCGUUGCAGGCUGCUCUGCGUCAAGGGAGGUGCGGCUCCCUCCGCCCUGCCUUUCCCCCUCCCUUCCUCCCUCCUUCCCUCCCGCCUUUCUCUCCGUCUUUAAACGCCCCUGCAUCGGAAGCGCCGCGCACAUGUCCGUCUCUUUCCCCGCCACCUCCCAGAGCAAUACAUAGACACAGACACACAAACACACAGACCUAAAACCGCUGCCCUCUUUCUCAGUCCCUCCCGCCCUCCCCACAAAGCCAUUGAUCCUUCUACUGGCCACAUCGCGGGCACUGCGGGAGAGAGGAGAGGAGAGAGAGUCGCCCAAGCCACGCUGGGCGCCUUUGGACAGAAGGUAUUUAUGUUAACGGCAAGCCAUUACGAACAGCAAGCCAUUACAAACAUCUUGAUCACAUUGCGUAAAGGGACUCUGUUGACAUUUUUGCCAAACAUUUUUGACUUGGCAAAAAACAGGUAUCGACUGAGGCUGGAUAGCCCAUCUGAAGUAAAGUUGAUCUGGCUUUUAUCGUUUCCUCAUUUCAAAUGCCUAAGAACAGCAAGGUGGUAAAAAGAGAAAUAGAUGAUGAUGUCAUCGAGUCUGUUAAGGAUCUCCUGUCAAAUGAAGAUUCUGUCGAAGAUGCUUUCAAGAAAAGCGAGCUGUCUGUCAAUGAUUCAGAGGACAAAGAAGUAGAUGUGGAAGAAGGAUCUGAUGUAGAAGAUGAAAGGCCAGCCUGGAACAGCAAACUUCAAUAUAUUCUAGCCCAAGUUGGAUUUUCUGUAGGUCUCGGGAAUGUGUGGCGAUUUCCAUACCUAUGUCAAAAAAAUGGAGGAGGUGCAUACCUCGUGCCAUAUUUAAUUCUGCUGCUGGUCAUAGGGAUCCCACUUUUCUUUCUGGAGCUUUCAGUGGGUCAGAGAAUCCGUCGUGGAAGCAUUGGAGUAUGGAAUUAUAUCAGCCCAAAGCUUGGUGGAAUUGGAUUUGCAAGCUGUAUAGUGUGCUUUUUUGUGGCCCUCUACUACAAUGUCAUCAUUGGAUGGAGUUUGUUUUACUUUUCUCAGUCCUUUCAGCACCCAUUGCCAUGGGACCAAUGUCCUUUGGUGAAAAAUUCUUCACAUACCUUUGUGGAGCCAGAAUGUGAAAAAAGUUCUGCUACAACCUAUUACUGGUACAGAGAAGCACUCAAUAUUUCAAGCUCUAUCUCAGAGAGUGGAGGUCUGAACUGGAAAAUGACAGUUUGCUUGCUGGCUGCUUGGGUUAUGGUGUGCCUAGCAAUGAUUAAAGGCAUCCAGUCUUCAGGCAAAAUAAUGUAUUUUAGCUCUCUUUUCCCUUAUGUGGUACUUAUAUGCUUUCUAAUCCGAGGGCUGCUUUUAAAUGGUUCACUGGAUGGUAUUCGUCAUAUGUUUACCCCUAAGCUUGAAAUAAUGCUGGAGCCCAAGGUCUGGAGAGAAGCUGCUACUCAGGUGUUCUUUGCCUUAGGGCUUGGAUUUGGUGGAGUCAUUGCCUUUUCAAGCUACAACAAGAGAGACAACAACUGCCAUUUCGAUGCGGUUCUGGUGUCCUUCAUCAAUUUUUUCACUUCUGUGCUGGCAACUUUGGUGGUGUUUGCUGUUCUGGGCUUCAAAGCAAAUGUCAUAAAUGAGAAAUGCAUUAUCCAAAAUUCUGAAAGAAUUGUUAACCUUUUGCAUAUGGGCAAUCUUAGUAGAGAUAUUAUACCUGCUCAUGUAAAUUUCUCAAGCAUCACAGCAGAAGAUUAUAAUCUUGUUUAUGAUAUAAUCCGUAAAAUAAAAGAAGAAGAAUUUCCUCUUGGAUUGAAACCCUGCCUGAUUGAAGAUGAACUAGACAAGGCUGUUCAAGGAACUGGUCUAGCUUUCAUAGCCUUUACAGAAGCCAUGACACACUUCCCAGCUUCUCCCUUCUGGUCAGUGAUGUUCUUCCUCAUGUUAGUAAAUCUGGGGCUUGGCAGCAUGUUUGGAACUAUUGAAGGGAUCACUACACCUAUAGUUGACACCUUCAAAGUGAGAAAAGAAAUACUGACUGUUACUUGCUGUCUUCUUGCAUUUUGCAUUGGCCUGAUAUUUGUACAGCGGUCUGGUAAUUACUUUGUAACGAUGUUUGAUGACUAUUCUGCAACAUUACCUCUGCUAAUUGUGGUCAUUCUGGAAAACAUUGCCAUGUCAUACAUUUAUGGAAUAGACAAGUUUAUGGAAGAUCUGAAGGAUAUGCUUGGCUUUUCUCCAAACCAAUACUAUUAUUAUACAUGGAAAUAUAUUUCCCCUGUUGUUUUAUUAUCUUUACUGGUGGCUAGCGUUGUUCAAAUGGUGUUAAGUCCUCCUCAUUACAGUGCAUGGAUUGAAGAGAAGGCAACUGAAGAAUUCCAGAACUACCCAACCUGGGGGCUGAUCGUCUGUGUGUCUCUCAUUGUUUUGGCUAUGCUCCCUGUCCCAGUAGUCUAUGUGAUCCGCCGCUGCAAUCUUAUUGAUGACAGCUCUGGUAGCUUGGCAGCUGUUUCAUAUAAAAGAGGGCGGAUUAUCAAGGAGCCUGUCAAUCUUGAGGGAGAUGAUACAAGUCUGAUUAAUGGGAAGAGUCCAAGUGAGGUGCCCUCUCCAAAUUUUGGAAAAAAGAUAUACCGAAAACAGACUGGCUCUCCAACUGUGGAUACCGCUCCCAAUGGUCGCUAUGGUAUUGGUUACAUAAUGGCAAAUAUGUCAGAUAUGCCUGAGUCUGACUUGUAGCUACAAAAUAGGGUUGAUGCCUCUGUUGUUAUCCUGCACCACUGAACAUUUGUUCUCUUUAAGAGAAGGGGUCAACUUCACUUACUGGAGUGCAAUCUCAGGUGCCUAAUGGCUGUCUCCUUGAAAAAGAUCAUGACCUGUGGUACAAAGAGCUUGAAAAUCCCUUUUUUUGGCUCAGUUUGCUGGUUUCCCUUUGUAUUGAAGGGAAUGCACAUAGAUACUAAUUGGUAAUGGCCUCGCUUUGUCAGGAUUGCCAGAUUUUUAAAAAUUAUUUUUGCAUUUAAUUUGAAAGUUUUCUAUCUUUAAAGUACAGGUGUUACCUCAGUUUGUAGCAAUUUUUUAAGUGAAUUCAUAUUUCUCUACUGCUGUAACUGGAAUUUCCUUCUUUGUUCCCACUAGUUAAAGUCCCCCUUUAUUGGAAAACAAAAAUGUGUUCCAAAGAGUUUGCCAAGCCUGUUUUGACUGCACUUAUUUGUACAUAAUGUUUUGUAGAUACUCCCGUACUUUUUUUAAAGCAACCACAGUCCCUUAGGCUACUAGCUUAAUAUAAAAGAAAAAAAGAAGAAAGAAAAGAAAGCAGCAAACCAACACAUUAAAAACCCUGCAGAUUAUUUUCUUACAUGUAAUAGCUUUAUAGAGCAAUAGUAUUAGUCAACCAAGUAUGAUUAUGCUGGAAACAAAAAAAAAAUCCUCAAACUUUGGGAAAUUGCAUAUGAUGUGGCUGUAUUUUGCAUACUCUAUAUACUCAUGUAAAAGUCUAUACAUUUUAAUCAAAAAUCAAUCCCAAAAACCUGAGUUAACUUAUCCACAGGUCAAUGUGAGUAGUGCACCUAAACUCUUAUAAAAUAAAGGAAUGAUCCCUUUCUCUGAAUGAAAUGGUGAAAGGUAAGAGCUUAGUCUGUUCCAGGAGAACGUAAAACUCACCCCAAGCCUCUCUACUGUCUCCACUAUCAUGUCCCUUCAGGCCUUUUUGAAUGCCUGGGUAGGGAAAUGGUGGUGACUGCUAAAGACAAAUGGCUCCUUGAAAUAUCAUUGGCACUUUCCCUUCUCUGCAGAAUGACGCUUGACAUCCAUGGAUCAUAUCAAAAUCCUUAAUUUUGCUCCCAAACUUGUAUUAAAAUUAUACAUGAGGUCAACUUAUACAUGAGUAUAUAUGGUAUUAUAUUUGGUUUUUUAGUGUGAAAAUUAUGUCAGAGUGAGUCGCUCCACGACUCUUAAUGAUUGUGCAGAUUCUGCAUUUUUCUAAGCUGUGUGCCUAAAAAAAAGAAACACAAAAAAUCUCUCCUAAUAUUUAUUGUGGUUACAAGAUUAUAUAUAUUAUAUUUAUAUAUAAUAUACUUGUAAUGUAUAUAUGUAUAGUAAUAUUGUAUGUAAUAGCUUCAAAUCUUGAAGCAAGAUGGCUUUAAAAACUGUUUCUGUUUUGCUUCUGUUUUAUGCAAAGAAGAUUGUCCCCCUGCCCCAAGUCAGUGAUAAUUCAGAACUGUAUGCCAUUACAUUUAAUCUAGGAAUAAAGAACGUGGAAAGUUGUUUGUUUUUUAUUUAAUGGGAUUUUUCAGCAUAUGUGUCUUUUAAAUGAGUUAUAAGAGGGAGGGCAGAAAUAAAUAUUUUCAUCUUCAUAUGAGAUUAAUUCAGGGCUAUAUACAGGUUGUGUAUCCCUUAUUCAAAAUGAUUGGGACUAGAAGUAUUUUGGAUUUGGGAUUUUCUUUUUCAGAUUUUGAAUUGCCUGUUUUUGCCCAUACAUACAUAUCUUGGGAGCUGGGGACCAAGUCUAAACAUCAAAAUUGUUAUUGCUUUAUAUAAUUGAUACCCUGAAGACAUUUUUAUAUAAUAUUUUAAAAUAUUGUUGUUGUUCAUAAACCAAAAUGUGUGUGCACUGAACUAUCAGAAAACAAAGGUGUCACCAUCUUAGUCAUUUAUGUGGGCAAUUUUCGAUUUUGGAAUAUUUUGGAAUUCCUGAUAAGAAAUGCUCAGCCUGUAUUGAUUGUGCAGAAUAAUAAUUGUAAUUUCCUUCAUAUUCUAUAAUUCUGUAGAACAGAGCUGCACAAUUUGAUAGUAGGUAGGGGCCAAAAUUUAAAUAGACUAAACUUCUUCCAACCACUCCACUUUAAAAGUAAAGGUAUAAUUAAUGGUUAACUAUUUUGCAAAUAUGCCAUAUUAUAUAAAAAAAAUCAUUUUCAAUUAAUGACAUGAGGUGUUUUUAUAAUGUCAAAAACACUUUCUUUAUCAGAACAUAAUCCAAAAAUUGCAAUCAGCAAAUACUUCUUUACAAAGUCACCUUAAGUAAAAGACUUCUCAGCAGCAGCUAUUUAGAAAUCUGAAAACUAGCCACAGAACCGGCCCGAGGUAAUUUCAACUGUUAAGCAAAAAAAUAUUUUGCGCCCCCCCCCCCCGAUGCUGCAGGAAGCGUGACCACGUGAUGCGGGAGGCGGGGCGUGGCCUCCCGCACCAUGUGCCCUGGCCCUGCCUCACACGUCAUGCGCCCUGACCCCGCCUCUCAUGCAGCGUGGGAGGCAGGCCGUAGCUGUGCAAUGUGGGGCCCCACCCAGAAGUGGCCCCACCUCCCACACCGCACGCCCUGGCCCAGCAGGCCAGGCCAUGGUGGGAAAGUCCUUCCAGGCUGGCUGGGCCUUCGCCAUGGCCUGGAAGGACUCCUGCUGCAGCCUGGCUGGCUGGGCAAGGCCAGUCGGGCCAGGGCGAGCAGUGCAGGAGGCAGGGCCAACCCUGGCCCUGCUUCCUGCACAGCACGCCCUGACCCCACCUCUCGCGCAGCGUGGGAGGCAGGGCCAGGGUGGGUGGCGCAGGAGGCAGGGCCUGGCCGCGCGAUGCGGGAGGUGGGGCACCGCCCAGACGUGACCCUGCCUCCCGCGCUGUGCAGCCUGGCCCGCUGGGCAAGGCCAGCUGGGCCAGGGCAAGUGGCGCGGGAGGCGGGGCCAACCCUGGCCCCGCCUCCCGUGCCACGCGCCCUGGCCCCGCAUCACACGCCCUCACCCUGCCUCUCGCACUGAAGACAGGCCAAGCACGGGGCAGAAGAAGAGGUAUGCCUUCCUAGAGAGCUCGCUCGCCACCAAACAGGCUUUUCUGUUUGGCAGCGAGCGAGCCCUUGGUCCCCGCCGGGGGGGCACCUUGACGGCACCCCCGGGGACCGUGCAUCCUAAGCGGGGGCUUCAGUGGCCUCCAUGUUGGGCCAGGCCUGACUAGCCACCUCAUUUUCUGUGUUUAUUUCCUUGAAAAACUGAGACUUUUCAACAAUUUGGAUGCUUUAAUUUAUUUUUCACUGGUAUCCAAUUUGUUUAAGUCAGGAUGUUUUGAUCAGAAAUGGCAAUGAAGAUUGUAUGAAAUGGCUAUUCUCAGCAAACAAGGUGUAAUGUUUUGUCUCUAUUGUAAUAAAUAUCUAUUUGUCCCCUCC